CUAAAGAGCUGCCGGCCACAGAAGCCACCAAGCUCUUGAGCCAGACUUGGGCUCUUUGCUGAGAUGGUGGUGUAGCUGAGGAAGGAGCCUAGAAAGUAAGAGGAGAAAAAGAAAACAAAGAGGAUAGGUGAUGGGGCCAUCCACAGUGGCCAUGAAGCAGGGCACCAUCUCCCUGCGGGGUGGGCAGACGACUCAGCUACUCCCCUGACCAUAAAUGGCUUGGCCAGAGCUCUCACGGAGCCACCCCUUGCCAUGUCACCCUGGCUGUCUCAGCUGGAUGCUCGUACAAAUGUGAGACACAAGCCAACAACGCCUGCAAGAAAGGAGCUCACUGAGGGCGGUGUUUGGAGAAGGUUCUUGGGAGGCUGUCAGAAAUGAGUUUCUCCCUGAACUUCACACUGCUGGCCAACACGACUUCCUCCCCACCUGCUACAAGUGGGAAAGAAGCAGACUGUGGGCCCUCUCUUGGAUUAGCAGCAGGCAUCCCGUCCCUGGUGGCCACAGCCCUGCUGGUGGCUUUACUAUUUACACUGAUCCGGCGAAGAAGAAGCAUCAAUGAGUCCACCGAGGAAAGUGAGAGGCCAUGUGAAAUUUCAGAAAUCUAUGACAAUCCCAAGAUCGCUGAGAAUCCUAGGAGGUCACCCACACAUGAGAAGAAUAUGAUGGGAGCAGAAGGAGCCCACGUGUAUGUGAAGACUGUAGCCGGAAGCGAGGAGCCCAUGCAUGACACUUACCGUCCUACUGUCGAAAUGGAGAGAAGGAGGGGGUUGUGGUGGCUUAUGCCCAGACUGAGCCUGGAAUGAUGCAGUUUGGUCAAGGAGCAGACCUAGAGCUGGAACAGAGCUGAAAACCCAGGGAUCUGUGCUCGGAGUGAGGAGAGAUGUCAAGCCACUUCUUAUCAUUCCAAAUUUCCUUUUGCAGAUCUGGAAAACGUUUGGGUUUAUCUCUGUAGAUGACAGAGCUGAAGGUUCGUUCCAACACUCAGAUCUUGUUGUUUAAUAAUCAGUGAAGCACCAAGUGAGGUCCAGAAGGAGCCCUUUGAUUCUAGUCUUGACCUAUGCUUUUCUUUAUGAUUUUGGGAAAGGGGCUUGAUUUCUGCGUGUCUUGCCUUAUCAUCUUUUUUUCCACAUCUCUUUUCUCAAAAAAACCCCCCAAAACCCAUCACACCUGGCUUCCAUGAGAAGGCUGGCCAGGACUAGCAUGGUGCAAGUUGGGAUAUAAAUAAAACUUGGAGGGGAUGUAUGAGGGGAAGCAAUUUCUUAUUUCUGAACAUCUCAAGGUAGAGAUCAUGGGGAGUCAUGUGUCCCCUGACCACAGGCGUAGCACAUAGCUGGAUCACUCAUGGCUCCCAUUUGUGUCUGUGACCAGAGGGUACUCAAGGAAGGCGAUUCUACAACAGACUGUGUGUGUGUGUUGAGGGUGAAUAGGGUGGAGGGAAGGCAAGGGUUGUUCCAAGAGAUUAUUAGAAACUAGGGCUAUAUCCAUUUUGUGAGAGUGGAGAGAAAGGCCUCCAGUGCACUCUCCAGGAAGAAAGAGCAAGAAGACCCUCAGUGGCUGAACACAGGACCAGAGGGGUGGGCUAAGCCGCAAUUCCUUGCCAUCUGAGGAAAGUCUGUGGAUGGCACCAGCUGGCUCGGGUCAGGCCUUCACGAUUGCUUCUGUGAGGAGGCUUCGAGGAGAGCUGGUUCCCUCGUGCAGGGAGAGCCACUGCGAACAAGCAGGGUCUCCUAGUGGGAGAAGUGGGUCCACAGCAUCUCAGGAGCCACCCACCAACUCCACUUUCAUACGCCAUGGAGGCAUUUCUUUCUCACAUCAGGGCUCCGAUUGCUCAGAAACAUGUCCCCUCUUCUUCAAAUAACUAAGAACAAGUUCCACGAACCCAGUCAAUUACUGCCCCCCGCCCACAUGUGCUCUCAAAGCUGCCUCCCUUACCUUGGGUGUCCUAAGAUGAAAAGACCAAGAGAGAGCAUCUCCCUGAGAGAGAAAGGGCCACUAAGAUCCAGAGGGAGUCUGAGAGAUAGCAAACAGGGGAGAUAUUCCUUUGGCAUUUAGGAAAUUGUACUUCUGAGUAAAAGCAGUGGGAAUAUAUCCCAUGUGUGGCCUUGUGCCAGAAUGCCUAGGGAACAGCUCCAUGGGGACAGGGAGAGCAGACUAUGACCUGAGCAGAGUGGGUCAAGAGUUAGUACCCCAUUCUCCAAAAGCUCCGGAAGGGACCCAGAACCCCCUCCAGAAUCUCUGAUCUUCUAGUUAAACCUGUUUCUGUCCUCAAAUCUUCAACUCUUCAU